UAAUUAAAAUCUAAUUAAAAGUACACGAAAACACGAAACAUAUUACGAAUAUCACGAAACAUAUUAACAAUAGAUACAGUACCCGUGCCGUGUGUUUCCUGAGCUGACCAAAACCCCUAAACCCUGCGAUGCGAAUCAGAAAGCCUCAUAACAACAAGAAGAAUGUCGCCGCCGCUGCCGCUGCCGCCGCCGGCAAAGGAGAAAACGAAGUAAAAACGGCCAAAUUGAAAGGCGCAGAGAGGUCCGCGUACUUCGCACGGAGAGAAGCCGCAAAAAUACUGAGAACCGUCCUCGAAGGAGACGCUAACCGCCGUGCUCUUGCUUCCAUCAAAACCCUCGUUUAUCAUCCUUCCGUCAGAAACAAGAAAGCCACAUUCGCUCUCAUCUGUCAAACCCUCAAACAUCUUCCCAUUAUCAACGAUGUUUUGAAAGCUGCUUCUAUUCUCAACACCAAGUGGAAGAAGCAACAAGAGUUGGUUUAUAUUAUUGUCUAUGAUAUCCUUUUCGGUCAGGGAGUUCCACUGGUCGGUGAUGCAGAGAAGUACCUCAUGCGCCACAAGGACCCUCUACAUUUACAUCUGAAAAAGGUUUUGUCACGGAAGAAUGUGACGACCGUUAAAGAGUUGUUUGCUCUACAAGAGGUUCCUGAUGUUUCUCUACCUCGAAAUGUUCGUGUGAAUACACUUAAAAUGGAUGUUGAUUCUGCCUUAGUUGAACUUCAGAAAAAAUACUCGGUUCAAAAGGAUGAUUUAGUGCCUGACUUGUUAGUACUCCCUCCAGGAACUGAUUUACAUGAUCAUCCUCUUGUCAAGAACGGAAGCAUAUUUCUGCAAGGUAAGGCGAGUUCAAUGGUGGCACCGGCUCUUAGCCCUGAACCAGGAUGGGAGGUUCUUGAUGCAUGCGCGGCACCAGGCAACAAAACUGUCCACCUUGCCGCCCUUAUGAAGAGAAAGGGUAGGAUUAUAGCAUGUGAGCUAAAAAAGGAAAGGAUUAAGCGCUUGAAUGACACCAUAAAGCUAUCCGGAGCUUCCAACAUACAGGUUCUCAAUGAGGAUUUCUUGAACAUAAAUCCCAAGGACCCUUCGUAUUCUAAGGUAAAGUAUAUUUCCUGUUGGUCUGUUACUCCGUCUACCAGAUUGAACUGUCACUUGUUCGUUUUGUGUGUAACUGUUAUAGACUUAUCAUUGCAGUUAAAAGCUAUUCUUUUAGAUCCGUCCUGUUCUGGUUCUGGUACUGCCGCUUCUAGACUAGACCAUCUGCUUCCAUCUAAAGCAGCAGGUGAUAUCGACACAGAAAGAUUGAACAAGCUUGCAGCUUUUCAGAGAAAAGCUCUUGAGCAUGCCUUCCUUUUUCCAGCUUUGGAAAGAAUUGUAUACAGUACAUGUUCAAUAAACCAAAUUGAGAAUGAAGAUGUUGUGAAAUCUGUUCUGCCUAUAGCCGAAUCGUACGGGUUCCAACUGGCAAAGCCCUUCCCCGAGUGGCAGUGUCGUGGUCUUCCAGUUUUUGAUGGCGCUGAGAACCUUGUUCGAACAGAUCCUGCCAAGCACGGAGAGGGUUUCUUCAUUGCCUUGUUUGUCAAGAAAGAUGCUAACCUUUCAGUGAGGUCAAAUAAAAAUGAUAAUAAGACUCUCCCCAAUUCUACCAGAAUUAGAAACGUGCGAAGGAAGAUACCGAUGUUCAUUCACACUAACAUGUUCAAAAUGUGGUUACAUGAUCAAUUGAACCAGCGUCAAAAUUUGAGGAAUAGAAGAUAUUUUUCCUGUCAGUGUAAAAACCAUUCAUAAAAUAGCCUAAAGCAGUUUUGUUUGCACUGCAGCAAUUUUUCAAUUUCCUUUCCCAUAUUUACCAUUUUAAGGGAUAAAAUUAUAAUUUUGUGUUUUUAAUUGUAAUGAUGAAAGAAGCUAUGAAGACGAACUUCUCUUUA